AUGGCUGUCUGGGAGACGGAGGAUGAGUCUAACGGCCCGGCCUCUCACUCGUUACCCACACCACAAGACACACCUUAUAGAACACCGUCCAACGCUUCGAGGAGGUCACGUCGGUCUAUAACUCCUCCAGGGAUGCAGACCUCUCCGCCACUGCCGGCCGUUGACCGCGGUGGCAAGGCUUCCAAGCGGUCAUCAAAAGACGUUUCCAACGACGACACGAUCAGCGUUCUGGAUCCUCGACGAUUCACCCCGACUCUCCAUGCAAACCUGGUGGCCGAGAUACUCAACUUGAGGAGGGAUCAGGAAGAUAAAAUCAAAUUGAUCGAGAACCUUGAGGCCUCGUUGCAUGCUACACGAGGGGAGCAGGAGGCACUACAGGAGACUGCAACUGUCACUGCAAAGGAAACCAGAUCCCUCAAACGCCAAUUGGCUCUCCUUGAGGGUGGAUCUUCGUCCGCUAUUGGAGAGCUGGCUCGUGAGAGGGAUGAAGCGGUUGAAUCCGCAACGGAACUGAAGAAACGACUUGAUGUUGCACAGCGAAAAAUUCGAACGCAGGAAGAUGAUUCUCAGCGUGUUCAUGACUUGUGGACGCGCGACAAGGACGCUUGGGACGAAGAGAAGCGAAAAUACGAGCGGAAAAUCCACAUUGCUGAGACUAGAAUGAAAGUGGUUCUUGAUGAGGUUGCCGCAUACCAGAACGCGCACACCAAUGGAAAUGGCGCCGAGAGCGAGGCGGAAGGAGACUGGUCAAUGCACCGUCGCAACCAAAGCAUUGAAAGCCUGAAGAGGCCAGGCAGUGUUGCGCGUGGCAAACUUUGGGUGAACCAAACCGUCUUGGAGGCCCUGGAAGACGGGAUCCAAGAGGACGAGGACGAAGAGGAAGCACCACCUGCGCCAAAAUUAGCCUACAAAGACACGGGAGGGCAAUUUUCCCCUCCUCCGUCCCCCACACUCGAAGUAUUCAAACCGGCGACGCCAGAACCCCUAACACAGGUCGAGAGACCUCCCGAAGGCGACAGCCAGCGAUGCCGCUUGUCAGGUAUCACUUCUAUCGUCACUGUUGCUUCGAAAUCGAUCGUGUUCAGACUGAGAGAUCCGAUCGACCAGCGCCUUGCUAGGCUUCCACUUCAUCUGCAUCCAGACACCAUAUCGUCGCGGCCACCGUCUCCCAACCCAGCGGCUCCAGCGAAUGCUGGUGAUCCUUCAUUGGUUCAAUUCACGCCUGCGCCCAAUAAUCUGCCGCCUAGAAACCCAAGACGUUUGACGAGUAGGCGCAGUAUUGGUGAUGUGCCACCAUCACCACCACUUCCCGCACCUCCGAUCUCGCCUACUUUCUCCGGGGGGCUCUCCAACGGCCUUGAAAACACGCACAAUGACGCCUACCCGGGCAACAACGACGACGGACCACUCUCGAGUCAAAAGGCACCGAUGCGCCGGCCCCAUCGCAUCAGCAGUCUCUUCGCAGGAUUCGAUGCCAACAGCUCCGAUGAAGCGGACGACUUUGGCGAUGGUGACCUGAGCGAUCCUGAGUUCCAGACGGCUUUGUCACACCCAGGCCAGAGACCGAAAUCCAGUGCGGUUAAACCAUCCAAGCGAAGGUCAUCCGGCACGGCGACAUCUCCAGAACAUGAUUCUAUGAGGUAUCAUUCCGCGCCGAGAAGCUCCGCAAAGCCGCUCGGCACCGAAAGCUAUAGUUAUAGUCUGCAGAGCAAGGAGACUGUCAACAAGGACAAAGACCCUGGCUCAAGAACUUCGGUCCAAAUGGGUGCUCAACGUAGCGUGGAGAAGUCCAUUGCCGGACCAAGCAGCAAGCCGAACGGGAUGCGCCGGGCUGCUCUCAUCCAGAGUGGUAUUGCAAGCCACCAAGGACGUUCAAGGAGUCCCAGUCUGCCAGAUUCUCAAGAUCCCCCUUUCCCUAUUCCAACGAGGGCGAGCUCUAGACGACCGCCAUUCAGUGUAAGCGCGCCAAGCGAUGGACAGCGAAGCCCAACAAGAGGAGAGGGCGGUUGGCACAGGAGAGGAAGUAGCCGCACCCACUACCGUGCGAACAGUAUCCGCAAAGUGCGUUCGGCUGCGGCUCUGCCACGCACCCAGCGUAACAGGCGACAAAGCCGGUCGCCACCACCGUUCUCGGAGACGACAGAAGUUCCCGAAAGCCCUAGCCUGCCGCCGCUGCCGCACAAUGAUAUCACCUCCAUGAGCCAUCGUGAGCCCAGUCGAUCACGCUUCAGGUCGUCCCACCGGUCUCAACCAUCGACAAACACGGCCCAGACGAGUCAAACGUAUCAGACGAAUCAGACAAACCUGACAGACCUGAAUUCGAUCGGAGGCGGUUCGCCAACCACCGGCGUUGUAGAUGCCAUCGCUCAGACAAUGGUCGGCGAAUGGAUGUUCAAGUACGUGAGGAGGCGAAAGUCAUUUGGCGUACCAGAAACAAACGGCAAGGAUGACAACAGCAACGAUCGUCACAAGAGAUGGGUUUGGCUGGCUCCAUACGAGCGCGCCAUCUUGUGGAGCAGCAAGCAGCCCAAUUCUGGCAGCGCCUUGAUGGGCAAGGCUGGCCGAAAGCUGACGAUUCAGUCUGUUCUUGACGUCAAGGACGACAACCCGACGCCCAAGGGUGGAGCGACACUUUUCAACCGGUCCAUCUUGAUUUUGACUCCGCAGAGGGCCCUCAAAUUUACGGCCGUGUCUGCAGACCGUCAUUACAUCUGGCUGACAGCGCUGUCUUUCCUCGCUCACUCACAGCAAGCGGUACCCGAGAUCAUCACGGCCCCUCCGCCACCCAAGACAGUACUGCCAGACUUUGAGAUGCCUCAGCCCAAGCGGAAGACAGGCAUCCGGGACUCGAUUCGCUUGACCAAGAGUAAGGCGCCAUCAUUCCGACAGCCUCCCGUGCCCAGCAUUCCCGGCAGCCUCCCGAGCGCACCGUCGUCGCAGGUCGGGGAUGUCAGCAGCUCCAGGCAGACCGAGACGUUCCCGCCGUUACCGAUGAGUAGUCACCACCAGCGCGAGCAGUCGAGUGAUGCGGCCGAACCGCCCUUCAUUCCACGUUUUCACGAGCGAAGCAGCCAGGCUAUGGUGCAUGGGUCCCCACCAACGUCCGAAGCUUCCUCGCGGCCCAACAACUUUUUCCAUGCCCUCGGCACAGUUCGCAUGGAAGCUUUCAUCCACCCGCUGGCGUUCUCUGGGGGUUUCGAUGGGGAUCCCGAUGAGAAUGAUGAGUUCCGCUACCGCGCAAGGGGGCGUAGCAAGGAGAUCGUCGCAGGUCGAGCCGGAGCAGGCAUCGCGAACGCCAGAAUUCCCGAAGCACGCGUAGUACGAAUGAUUACUAUGGCGGGAGUAAGACGGCGGGAGAAGAGGACUUUUUCCGCGAUGAUCGAAUCCACGGAAUUUAGUUUUUUCUUUUCAUCUUCACUGGGCAUGAAAGAGCUGAGUCUGGGUUGCCAGCACCAGAUGCACAUGCAUGUAUCAUCUUUGUAG